AUGUGGGUCACCACUCACCCACUGAAGUAUUUAUAUUCCCUCCAGCUUGAUCGAAAUUCUUCUCUUCCCCAAUCCAUCACCCAAAACAGGAGGAUCAGCAGAAGCAAAAUUAACAUGGGACUUCCUCUUUACAAGUCCUCCUCUAGUGAGGCCCUACGUCGCCAGGCUGAAGGCCAGUCGGCAGCGCAAGCAGUGGCUCGUCAGGUACAGGCCUCUACUGACUCACGCCGCGCAAGGUCCGGCGCCCCUCCCCCUCUUUUCCGCCGUGAGAACACCCAGCGGCGCGCCUUCUCCGGCUCCUCCUCCGUGGCUUCAAUGGGCACUCAGCAGCGCCCAAUUGAUCUCACUCGCCCGAGCCUCGAAGUUGAGGCUCCUAGUCAGCGUCGCCCCGUCCAGCGCCGCCCUGCAUCCCCUACCCGCCGCGAUGCCCCUAUUCCGUCCACAGAGAACCUAGAAAUGGAAGACAUCGACGACGCCGCUAGUGCCCCGUUGUCACGGUACAGCCGUACCCGAUUCGACAAUAGCGAGUUGGCUACCCCGGCCGAAGAGGAAGAGAUCCGCCUGCCGAACUACGGCACUCCGGAUGUUGAAUGGUCUACGCCGGAAAUCGAGGCGGCCAGCACUCCUCCCCGCGCCGCCUGGUCUUCACCUGCCGCCCCGCCUCCCGCCCCGGCUCCGGCUGUCCAGCCGCGCCAUCGACAGCAAAUCCAGGCUGGCCCAUCCCAAGCUCGAAGAACACAAGAUGAUCGACAUCUUGUCGCCGGUCGUUCCGGCUUCGUAGAGCUUGUCGUGGACCAGAACCGUGGUCCAGCUGUGCACGUCCAGGGCAGCGGGCGAGUCCAGACCAUUCCUCCCGCGCUUCGUCUCCCUCCUCUCCCGCGUCCUUCCGACGCCACAAUCCGCGAUCCUCAUCGCAGGGGGCUGCGUCUGUUGGACCAAGGCUCUAGCAGUCGUCAGUCAGGGGGCAGCAGUGGCAACCAAUCGUCCUCUGAUCGUUCGUCUUAG